CGUCGCUCUACGGGUCUGCAGCUUAUGGGAAUCCUUCUUACAGCAGCUACCAGUUUGGAAGUGGACUUCCUCCGCCACCCCCAGCUUAUCAAGCGUCCUUCCUGCACUGAUGUGGUUUUGGGGGAAUGCGGCCUAGCUGGAGGAGAGCUCGAUGGCAUAGGUACUGCGAGUUUCAUUCCAGUGCGGCAGCAGCAGCAGCCCCCUCUACCACUGCGAAGAAUGGCAAAGGCUCUCACUACGGAUCGUUCUUCCAAUUUCUUCGGCAACACCCGCAGGUCGGAGGCUUGGCUCCAGCAGACCGAAAUGGAAACGGGGCAGUGGAAGAAGAACCCAGUACGUCGGAAAGUCCAGCAGAGGAGGAGACGCCGCUCAACAUUCAAGCAGGAAAUCUUCACAUGUAUCGACCAUCUCGUCCUCCUCGGUGGGAGCCCUUCAAGUCCCGGGACACGAUCGGCUCGUUCUUUUCAAAGAUGGAAGCAGCUAUAGAGGUGGGAAACGUUCUCCGGGAAAUGGGCUGGAACGAGGAUAGUCAGGUGAAAGUCGAGAAGCUGAAAGUGCCGUGGAAUCCUCUGGUCGUCCUACAGGUGCUUAGGCAGCCUUUAGAACCGGAUGCUGCAUGGGGAUUCUUUCAGUGGUUGAAGGGAGUUGAAGGAUACAGGCACACAGAGCAUACUUACAACAGCUUGAUCGAAGUUUUCGGAAGAGUCAAGGAUGUCACGGGUAUACAGAAGGUUUUAGACGACAUGUCCGCUUACGGCUGUGGGAUGAAUGUGGUUUUGUUCACUACAGUCAUACAUUGGUACAGCCGGGCCGAUGAUAUCGACAGAGCGGUGGAAAUGUGGAACCAGAUGUUGAAAGUGGGGUGCCUGCCAAACGUGGUGACUUACACGAUGCUCAUGAGCCUGCUUACGAAGCUCAAAAGGUUUAGACAAGUUGGAGAAAUUUUCAAAGACAUGGUCAGUGCUGGCUGCCGGCCCAACGUGAGAACUUACACCGUGCUCAUUCAGUGCUUGGCCUCGUCAGGAAACUUGGACGCAGCUCUCUUGGUUUUUGAAAAGCUGGACAGUUUGAAGGCUUCUCCAACAGCUGCUACUUUCAGAGUGCUCAUGGAUUCCGCCGCCAGUGCUGGCGACUUGGAGCUACUCAAGGGGCUCUUCGAAGGGAUGAAGAAGGCGAAUCAGAAGCCAAACGGGAAAAUGUACUUCACGGUGAUGGACUCACUGAAGAAGGCUGGCAAGCUGACCGAAGCAGCGCCUCUCCUCGAAGCCAUGGAGAGUAUGAUCGAGGCGGACCAACUUUACGCAGACUUUCAAGCUAAAACUCCUGAUCAAGAGUCCACCAAGGAAGAGGAUGAUCGCCGCGGCUCUAGCGGUGGUGAAACUAAGGAACGGAGCGUCCCGUUACAGGAUAUGGAGGUGAUGGAAGGCUUAGACAGGCCUCUCGUCGACAUGAAGGCCUUCUCGACAAUUAUCUACAGAUGGACGCCCGAGACCGCCGCGGCUUUGGAAGCCGCAAACUUCCGGUGGGAUCCCUGGAAGGUCUUGCGGGUGCUCAUGGGAAUGAGAGACGUGACGGCGGCGCUCCGCUUCUUCUACUGGGUGGAGAAGCAGCCGGGAUACAAGCACGACAGCUUCGUCUACACCAAGAUGAUCAGCCUGCUGGGCCGCCACCACCACUUCUCGCAGGUGGAGGAGCUCCUGAUGAAGCUCCAGAGCAGCGACAUCGAGGUGAGCAUCGUGACGAUGAACUCCAUCAUCUUCACGCUCUCGGUGUCGCACAACCCGGACCUGGCCAUGAAGAUCUUCUACUGGAUGAAGGACUUGAAGGUGAAGCCCAACACGCGGACGUACACGACCGUGAUCGACAUGCUGGUGAAGAUGAGGCACUUCGACCGGGCCAUGGCGAUCUACCAGGAGAUGCUCGACGCUGGUUGCAAGCCCGACGCUCACACCUACACAGUGCUCAUCCAGUCGCUGGGACGGGAGGGGAAGAUCGAUGCCGCGGAGCACUUGCUGGAGAAGAUGCCGCUCAAUGGCUGCAAGCCCAACGUCGUCAACUACACGUCGCUCAUCAACUCGCUCAUCCACUACGGGCGAGUGAGCCACGCGCUGGCGGUGUUCAAGAGGAUGCAAGACGAGGGGGUGAUGCCAAACUCCAUCACGUACUCGCUCAUGUCCAAGGGGCUCAAGCGCGCAAACAUGCUCCACGAUCUGGUGGAGGUGGAGAAAAAGAUGGCCACCAUCGAUUUCUGGAAGCAGCAGCGUGUCAAGUCCGAGGACGAGACGCUCGUGAACGAGACGAUCCUCAAAGCCUUGCUCCCAGAGUUAAAACGCGAGAGCCAAGAUCAAAGACAAACCGAGUAGACGAUCCUCGAAGCUUUGCUGCCAGAGAGUUGGAACGCAAGAGCCAGGAUCAAAGACAAACCGGGAAGAACAAAACUUUGGUGCUCGGUGGAUUUUUGGGCCCCUUUUGGAGAAGAAUGUAUACAGUGGAAGGAGUUUCUAGUGGGAUUGCUCCAAGAGGAUGUUGGUAGCCGCAACCAUGUCGUUUCGAGCUUGGCUCAGAGCUUGGAUGGCGAGGCCUCUAUCGAAGCCCAUUGAGACAAGAGUGGCGAUGGAUUCUUCCGGAGGAGGCGGUGGAGGAGCGGCUGCACGGGCGGGAGCUUGCGGAGGAACGAAUGGUCCCUGCAAAGAUUAUGGUCGCUUAGAACUUGUGUUCUUCCUUUGGAAACAAAAACAAAAAGCUCUUUUUUACCUCGA